GCUCAGUAGCAAAUCGCAAAACAAGUUUCUCAAGAGAAGCACGAUGUUGAGGAGUUCCGUCGGAUAUUUUCUUCGAGUUUACAUCGUUUGAACCACUUCUCGGACUAAAUGUGUGUCCCAUUUCCACCAUCAAAAUGUGGAAGUUAGCUCUCCUUUGCGCCAUCUCAGGAACCCUCUUCUUAACACCCAAAGUCAACACAUGCAAUGAGGCAGUCUGUGGCAGCAUUGUAAGUAAAUGUCUCCUCACACAGUCCUGUAAAUGCGAACUCAAGAACUGUACUUGCUGCAAGGAAUGUUUUAAUUGUCUGAGUUAUCUGUACGAUGAAUGCUGUUCUUGCGUGGAUCUGUGUCCCCAGCCGCACGAAAUCGACGAAACUCUCCUCAGCAAAAAAUCACACGUGGAGGAUUUCAAGGAACCGGUUCCAGGGCUUUUCGACGCUUUAACACAGGUCCCGGAUGCACAGAAUCGCUGGAAUAUUACGAGAAUGCCCAUAAACAUCGACUUGAGUCACUACGGGCCCAAAGGUCAUGUAAAAGUAGUCAUGCAAAGCGGUGACCAACCAGGACUGCUUCCCAUAGAAUCCCACAACAUAAUCACCCUAAACUGUACCGUGGUUUUCAUGAAAGGAUGCAGGACCUGGCACAAAUGUAGAUCCAACUGUGAAAGCAUGGGUUCCAAUAGUUACCGAUGGUUCCACGAUGGGUGCUGCGAAUGCAUAGGCCAACACUGCAUAAAUUACGGAAUAAACGAGAGCAAAUGUCGCGAGUGCUCCAUGAACCAAGACGAGGAAGAGGACGACGACGACGACGAAGGCGACUACGGUCAAGAUUCCGACAACGCACUCAACUUGUGAACGUCACUCAAAAUUUGACAAGCAGACGCUUUAAAUUAAAGACUUUUUGAAAGUUUUAACUUGUUUUCGAAGUUACCGAAAUUGUUUUUAGGGGAAAAUAAGUGUUAUGUAAUUGUACUUGUACAUUUUAUUAUCAGUAUAAAAUUUUAUAUGUAAGAAUCAACACUAAUAAAAUAAAUAAUCCGUAAAACGGA